AUGAUUGUUCAAGCAAAAGAAGACUACUACACUGCUUUAGAAAUCGAAGUCACCUCUCACAUUUCUGAUGUUGAUCCUUCUACUAUAAAGAAAGCCUUUAGGAAACUUGCAUUGAUCUAUCACCCAGAUAAAGGUAAAGGAGCUGGUGAUGUGAUCUUCAAAAACAUUAAUAGGGCCUAUGAAGUGCUGUUAGACCCCACCAAAAAAUCUGAAUAUGACAAGUGGUAUAAAAAGUUUUAUAAGAGAACUCAUGUGACCCAAAAUCAUAUAGCGAAAGAGCGUACCAAAAAGCAAAAGAUGGAACAGGCUGAAUUGAGAAGAAUGAAAGAGGAAUCUGGAAAGAAGAAUCAAGCGGAAAAAGAUGCUAAAGUACAAGAGGCAGAAAGGGAAAGAAAAGCUAGAGAAAAGCAAAAGAGAGAAGAAGAAGUACUUAAAAAAAGAAGAGAGGAAGAGAAGAGAAAAAUAGAAGAAAAGCUACGAAAAGAGAAAAUGGAACAGAAAAAGAAGGAGCAAGAGAGAGCUAAUGAAGAGAAAGAGCAAAAGUUGAGAGCAGAACAAGCCCUAAGGGAUGAGAAGGCUAGAAAAUUAAGAGAGGAAGUGCUGAAGAAACAGAGUGCUGAACGUGCUCGAAAAGAGAAACUAAAGCAAAGGUCUGAAGAAUUGAAGAACUUAUUCCCCAGCAAUGAAGGAAAAAAAGCAAAGAGGCCCGCCUCUCAAUCUGCUUACCCAAACUCUGGGUGGUCUAACCCACAAUAUUAUGCUAGCUCGGGCUCACAGCAAAAUGGUAGACGAGAAUUUGCUAGACCAAGAAAAUCGCGUUUCAAAGAGCAGCAUAUGUCCAAAGCUGAUUUUCAUAAAAAAAUCCGUGAAUUACAACAGGAAGCUGAGAAAUGUCACGAAGAUAGAGAAAAGUUUACCAAUGAAUGUGAAGAUUUUGAUAAGAUCGCAGAGAGAAUUGAACUUUCCGCUGAAGAUGCCUUGGAGAAAGCUGAAAGAAAGUAUAGAGAGUCAAUCGCAAUAGCUGAGGCAAUGUUUAAUAAAGCUAAAUUGGCUCAAGAAUCUGCUAACAUGGCACAUUUUAAUAUGGAGCUUUACUUGAAAGAAUAUGAGGAGCUGUUCAAUAAAUACGGGAACAUUUAUGGUGAGCCUAACUCAGAAGGGGAAGAGGAAGUAUCAGAAGGCUCAGAAGAGGAGGGCUUAGAACCUGAAACUCCUAAACCUUUCAAGUUUGAUUUCAAUCCUCCAAAGACUGAUCACUUUCAACUGAAAUCUAAUCCAUGGAAAACUUAUAUCGAUACGUGCAAAGGUGAAAAUAAGGUAUUGUGUGGGUCAGUGCUCGAAAAGCAAGCUCAGAUAUUCAUUUUUUUCCAAUUCACUUCAAAUUAUCCAGUUCCAAGCAUGCUUUUGCUUUAUUGUAAAUCCAAAAUGAAACUCAACAGCACCCCUGCAACUCAUAGAAACACAAGAAAUAAACUAGCAUUAGAGACAAGAGAUUUGUGGAACAAGGCAGUCCAAGAGGCAUUGAAAGCGCAAUCUUCAUGA